AUGGGUUCCCUGUACUCUCCCAAGGGUAGUUUAAAUUCCAUAUCAUCUGUUAAUGAAAGCUUAUUUCAAGUUUUACAACAUUAUGGGCCAGUUACAGCUUUGAAAAUUCAUGCUAACUAUGUGAUAUGUGGCUACGGGUCAAUCUUGAAAAUAUUCAAAAUUGAAAAUAAUUGUGUUCACAAAUUGGUUUACAGCCAGCAAAUAUUAAAUAGAAACAAGGUUAAUAAUAUCUCUGUCAGUCCUUGUGGUACAAGAAUAAUUUUGUCUGGUGGUAGAUCAUUUAUUGUGUUGAAUAUGAACGAUCUUUUAAAUACCACCAAUGCAUCGUCUAAGGAAAAAGCAAUCAAUGAAUGGAUUACAAGUACCGAAUUUUUAGAUAAGGAUACUGUUUUGUUAUUAACAUCCCACAAUAUUGUUUAUAAAAUCGACGUUUCAGACAUGGAAACCUGCCAAAAUUUUGAAAUUGUUGAUAAGAUUCAUUGUAACGAAAAGUCUAUUUUAUAUACUGGUUCUAUACGCAUUAUUGGUCAAAAGGCUUUAAUAGCUGCAGGUACUGUAAUGGGAGGUGUAAUAAUCUGGGAUUUAGAUUCUCGUCAAAUACUUCAUAAUUUGACAGACCACGAAGGCUCUAUAUUCGGAGUCAAAAUAGACUCCGAGGGAAAAUACAUUAUUUCAUGCUCUGAUGAUAGAUCAAUCAAGUUGUAUGACUUUCAAACGGGUCAGCUCUUGGCUACUGGCUGGGGUCAUGGUUCUAGAAUAUGGAAUCUUGAAUUUUUCAAAUGUCAAGAUCUGUUAAAGAUUUUUAGUACUGGAGAAGAUUGUACAGCUAGAAUAUGGAAGUAUGAUUCCGGAAACCCAAAUUUGAGACUACUUGACGUUUCUGAGUGCCAUUUAGGAAAGCAUGUAUGGUCUGGCGAUUUAGAUGACAGUACUUUGCAACUCAGUGUAACUGGAGGUGCUGAUGGAAGAAUAAGACUACAUGAUUUAACACUCUUGACUAACACUAGUAAAGAUAGCUAUACUUUGGAAACUAUAGCAAAAGAAAUAGGGAUUGUUUUUGAAAAGAAUGAAAUCAUCAAGCAAUACUUUGAAUUGCCUGAAUUGAAUUUGUUAAUUGUAUUGACCUCUAAUGGAAAACUUUUAACUUUAAACCAGAAAAAGAAAAGCUGGGAACUCAUUAAACUAUCAAAUGAAGAGGUCGAUAUGUUUCGAAAUUUCGGAUUGGUAAGAGGAUUUAUUGAUAUAAACGUUGUAAUAAUAUGCUCAAGAUCUGGUGAUUUGUUAGUGCUCAAGUUUGAUGCUAAUUCACAAAAGCCGCUGUCAAAAACUUUGUUCCAUGAUGAGCACUUGAAUGGUAACAAAGUGACCAACUUCAUGACUUCAUAUGAUAAGGAAAAAGAUGAUUUUUGUGUCCUUAUUGAUUGUCCAAACCCUAAAGUCCCUUUCAUUCUUCGUAAAUUCAAGUCUCAAAACAACACUUUAGUGUGUAAUGGCAUUAUUCACUUAGAACAACCUGCUCAGACAAGUUUUACAACUACAUGUAUGACCUUUGAUUCUGAAAAUAAAAUUUUGAUUUUAGGAUCACGAUACGUUAGUUUUGCCAUUUAUGACUUGAAUACUGAUAAGGAUUUGAUACAAUUGAAUAGUCUUUUCAAGAAAUUAUCUAAAGGUGAUACAAUUACGUCUGUUUCCAUUGUUCUGUCCCGAACUGAUUGCAUUCGUAUUUUAAUAACUGUAAGGGAUGGAAUAUAUAUGUUGGUUGAAUUAACUAAGAAGAAUGACAGUUUUAGUUGUGAAGUGAUUCAUAGGAAUAAGCUUUCAAAAGGAUUUGUUGAAGGAGGUUUUCUUUAUAAUGAUGAGUUAAUUGUCUACGGGUUCAAGUCUUCUUACUUUUAUAUUUGGAAUGAAACAAAACAAAUGGAAAUUGCAAGCGAAUUAUGUGGUGGUGCUCAUAGACAAUGGGAAUUAUUCAAAUAUAAAGAUUUUAUGUCAGAAAUCAAAUUUGUAUACAUAAGUAAAUCAACUUUGCACAUAAAAAGUUUCAGACAAAGAUUCAAUGAUGGGAGCUAUGGUCUAAUCAAUAACGGCACACAUGGACGAGAAAUUAGGGAUAUUGCGGUAUCUCCACAUAUAUCCUCUGAUGAUGGUAGUCGUUUGAUAUUGACAGCUUCUGAAGAUACAACUAUUAAAUUAGGUAAAUUAUUUGCUAAUGGGGAAAUUAGAAAUUACUGGAGCUUGAACGAACAUAUAUCAGGGUUGCAAAGGAUAAAUUUCCUAAAUGAAACGUUUGUCGGUAGCUCGGCUGCGAACGAAGAGUUUUUUGUCUGGAAGCUAAACAAAUUGGAUACUGGGAUUCCAACUAUUACAAAGUAUGCAACUUUAAAACCAAGUCAAGCUAAUCCUGAUUUGCGUAUUAUGGACUUUGAUUCAUAUCCAUUUGCUAAUGGCUUUAUUGUUAGUACAGUUUAUUCCGAUUCAAAUUUGAAAAUUUGGUACUUUGAUUGUAUAUCCGGCAAAUUCCAUCUAGUUGCUAAUGAUUUCUAUACCACUUGCUGCAUACUUAAUGUAAACUUUCUUAAAUUCAAUGAUGGUGCUAAAAUUUAUAUAAUGAUAGGCACUACUGACGGCUGUUUGUCUAUUUGGGACAUAUCUAAGAUUUUGAAUGAUAUAGACAUUGAAUCCCUUGAAGUUCAAAAAUUAGGGACUAUGAUUAUCAAACAACAAUUACAUCAAAAUGGUAUUAAGGCGGUUCUUAACUUGCCUGAUAUGCAAAAUGGCUACAAAGUAUUUACAGGUGGAGAUGAUAAUUCUUUAAUCUAUUCAUCCUUGCGCUUUGAAGGAGAAAAUGAAGAAUUAGUUCUUAAAACUAACUGUUUCAUAGAAGAAGCUGCUUCUUCAACCAUCACUUCGAUUUCCUUUGGUGAACGCAAUCGUAUUGUUGUUACUUCAGUUGACCAAAUUGUUCGACUUUGGGAGUUCGAUGAAUCGUCUUUAACUUGCAGUUCAGCGAGAUACACAACUAUAGCGGACACAGGAUGUAGUGAUACAACUAGAUUUGAUAACAAGAACAUAGUAGUUGUUGGAGGUGCUGGAUUAAGCUCUUGGAGUUUUUAA